UAUUCUGCUUAAAAGUCUGAGCGGUAAACUUUGGAUAUACUGACCACUUCCAUGUCCCUUUACAGUGGUAUAGGGACCAUAAACUACAAUCAAAUAACCCAAAAAUGUCCAAGAAAAGAAAAGUUGAUGCAGAGGGAAGGCAAUUUCAGGAGAGAUGGGAAAGUGAAUACAUGUUUGUGAUUAAUGGAGACAAGCCAGUAUGUCUUAUUUGCUAUGAGGCAGUGGCAGUGAUGAAGGAAUACAAUUUACGCCGGCACUUUGAGACCAAACAUGGAGCCAAAUUUGCUAACCUUAGCCACCAGGAAAAGCAACAAAAGGUCCAAGAAUUAAAAGGUAGCCUGUAUUCGCAACGGAAUAUUUUUGCAAAAAUGACAGCAAAAAAUGAUGCAGCAGUGAAAGCCAGCUAUCUUGUGGCUGAAGAAAUUGCGCGAGCUUCAAAGUGCUUUUCAGAAGGUGCAUUUGUAAAGCAGUGUAUGCUGAAGGUAUGUGAACAGUCCUACAGAUACAACCGGCCCUUUGAGGGUGACCAAACUGCUGAUGCGGCCCCCGAUGAAUUUGAGUUUGACACCCCUGUCCUAGAUGGUUUGCAUGUGACCAUUGGGACUGGAUCUUUAGAUGCAAAAGCUUCUCUGCAGCUGUUUGAAAAUGAUCUCAAUCUACCGACUCUGCAGCAGCAUAUUCCUGCAAGCUCUGUUCUCUCCUCCAAUGUCAUAUUCCCUUGA